GAGCAAAAAUCAGCAACGCUGCUGCUUUCCCAAACAGUUGGACAAACUUGUAAACAAAGUGGGCGAGAAAAAAUGAAAAAGGGCCCACAAAAAAAAUUUAUUAAUUAAUAACAUAAUAAUUAACCUAGUUAUUUUUAAGUUAAAUUUAGUUACACGUAAAACAUGCCUGCAAACAUUUGCUCAGCGCUGUUACAUCGGCAGAUGACUGGGACAAUGUCGACACACUCCCGACUGAGUCAAGCACGCACAAAGAUAACGACUGAUCGACACUCACGUCCAGUAGAACCGAUGCGACCCCGUCCCCAAAAAAGACGACAUUAUCACCAUCGUCAAGAAAUCAAGGAUAUUAAUGAGGAUGGAAGUAAUAAACAGAUUUACAAUAAAUUGCUCAAUAUCCGGAUCCGUAUCGAUGAAGUGAUUCCAAAAUAUGCCUUGCAAUCAGGACACAUCGUGAUGGGGUUUAGUCACUGCAACCGCUACAUCUUAUCCUACACGAUUCGUCCAGUGCAACACGCAAACAUUCACAACAUGCUUAUUCAGAACGAGAACCGCCCCAUUCUUGAUGUGGAGUUUGAUGUGGAGUCGUUGUAUACGUAUAAACUAUACUUUUGGCUCUUCACUCCCUUCUCGGUGGCAAAAAAGUACUCGAGCGUGUUGCUUUUUGACCGCAAUGGGACGGCAGAUUCCAAUCUGCUGAUACAAAUGUGUCAGUGGAAGUAUGAAGAAUUUAGUGGGAACGACAAAUUUCUGGCAGUAGUUGGGAAGAGUUCCACUCCUGAGGAAAACCCUCGCUGUUAUCUCACUUUAACACAACUACCUCCGUCCUCCCCAUGCCCAAAGUGUACUUACUCCUCUGAAUAUACUCAAGUAUUGAACCCUUGCCUCUCCCACUCGUUAACGGUCACCCUGACGUAUGAAUUAGUAUCUCCUUAUCCAAAGUUCGACCCGGAAGUCUCACUCUAUCUAACCGAAGGUAACACGCCCACAAUUCUUAUAAACACUGGGAACCUCCUCCACCAAAUACAGUUCAACCCAAGUCAAGGGCAGAUAAAGCAGAACAAGUCGAAUGUACUGAAAACUGAUUUAAACCAGAACCACCCUGAUUUAAACUUUUACUAUAAAAAUCUUCUCCCUACUUGUGAUAUUAAAGAAAAGCGAUUCUUCAAAAGGACAAAGCCACCAAAUCCGACUCUACCAAAGAAAGAAAAACCCGAUAUAUAUGACUUACUAUUAAAUGAAGAUGAUGGUAAAGUAGACAAAAAUUAUAGACUGUUCCGAACUCGGCAAUUAGCCGAUAAAAAGUAUGAUGCUGCUUUUAAAGAAGAAAUUUGUAAAUAUGACGACUACGUCCUUCGUCCACUGCACAACUCAAAUAAAAGACCCCAACAUCGCUCAACUACUUCGAAACCAGGAUCAUCUUCCAAGACGAUAUUUAUCAAGAGAUGCACGGCACGCGUGACGAGGUCGUACGUCCUACUCAAUGAGGAAAGUGUGUCGACCACGACUGAAAUUGAAGACAACGAGUAUAACUUUAACGAAUUCCCGGUAGCACUGCCUACAAAUGUUUAUACGGAUCAAACGCAAUUGUCAAUGAUCCCUAAUUAUAAAGCCGUCGAUAAAAAAGUUCUCAUUACGCAAACAAGUUUGGAUUUUGAAAUUUUGUCGAAUGAAAUUGCUAAUAUUAUUUGUAACAAGGAGGGAGCUCAGUUUGCUUUUCUGAUUGACUUUGAUGCCAUCAUUGUUCAGACCCACCCUAUAGACUGCACGAUAACCGCCUUAGUAAUUCUCUUGAUCCAAGCGACCACUGCAAAAGAUGAGAACAUUGAAAACAAUCGGCUGAGUUAUGAAACGAACUACAUUAUUCAAUGGAAUCCGUCUGCCCAAUCAGCCAAAGUCCUGUUUAAAGGAAAACUUCAAGUAGCGAGUAAUAAAUUUGACCAAGUUUGGAACCCGACGCAAGCUUUGGCACUUUCCUUACAGUCUAUGAGACUGUAUAAACAAGAUAACCCUCACUUGAAUAAUAACCAAAUGGUUUAUGAUUGGAUAUCUGCCGAUGAGUUAUCCGAUUCUAAAGGGGUAGUGACCCUGUACCGAGAAGUGAUUCAAACCUCUGCCGAAGAAUACUUUGAUGACGACGAUAUUAUAUCCCUGUUAAGUGAUGAUGAAUAAAUUCCGGUGUUUUUUUUAAUUAACUUUAAAGUUGCAAAUUCCGAAAUAUUUAUAAGUUUGAUAGACAAAGUCCACAGAUUUAAGAAUAAAUAAUAUAUGUAAUUAAAUAA